GUAAUUUAUUUCUUGUGUUUUGGUUUGAGUUAUCACCGAACUUUUCUCUACCGACUCCUGAAGUCAGCGAGGUAUAUAAGUUAGCUAGCAAGAUAUUACUAGCUAGCCUUUCACUUACAGGCAAUGCUAGGUAGCUAGUUAUGUUUCUCAGAGAUGCUUUGAAGUCACUUUGAUCCAGGGUUUACUGUCUUUUGACUUCGAACCAGAGUUGCUCGUCUAAGUUCGAUUUUAAUAUUUGCUCGCAACAGCCGAGGUAGGGCAAAGGAUGAAGGUGAUAACCUGUGAGAUUGCCUGGCACAACAAGGAACCCGUCUACAGUUUAGAUUUCCAGAAGAACCCUGAGGCCAGGAUUGACCGGCUGGCCACCGCUGGAGUGGACACAACAGUCAGGAUAUGGCGAGUAGACAAAGGUCCUAAUGGGAAGGCCUGUGUGGAGUUCCUGUCCAAUUUGUCGCGCCACACUAAAGCUGUAAAUGUGGUCCGCUUCUGCCCGAAUAAAGAGCUCCUGGCGUCUGGAGGAGAUGAUGGAGUCAUUCUGAUUUGGAAGCUCAAUGACAGUAAGGAGGUGGAGCAGGCUCCCGCCUUCCAUGACGAUGACGAUGGACAGCUCAACAAAGAGAGCUGGAAUGUUCUAAAGACCUUUAGGGGUCACAUCGAGGAUGUUUAUGACAUAUCCUGGACUAAUGAUGGAAACUCCAUGGUGUCCGGUUCUGUGGACAACACUGCCAUCAUGUGGGACGUAAACAAGGGUCAGAAGACGUGCAUCUUCAAUGACCACAAAAGCUACGUGCAGGGUGUGACCUGGGAUCCUCUGGGACAGUAUAUUUGCACAUUAAGUUGUGACAGGGUGUUGCGUGUGUAUAAUGCCCACCAGAAAAAGAGGGUCCACAGCAUCAGCAAGAUGGCUUCAAGCUCCUCAGCUGAGGGAGAGGUGAGGAAUUACAGGAUGUUUCAUGACGACAGCAUGAGGUCCUUCUUCAGACGGUUAAGUUUCACUCCAGACGGCUCCUUCCUCCUGGCCCCUGCGGGAUGUGUGGAAGCCGGAGAGAAUGUCACCAAUACUACAUAUGUGUUCUCCAGGAAGAGCUUCAAAAGGCCGGUCGCUCAUCUGCCCAGCCCUUCUAAGGCCACGCUAGCGGUGCGCUGCUGCCCUGUCUACUUUGAGCUCCGAACAAAGAAGGGAGAAGAUGGUGAGGUCAAACCCUUGCCAAACACCCUGCAGCUGCCAUACCGCGUGGUGUUUGCUGUGGCAUCUGAAGACUCCAUCUUCUUCUACGACUCCCAGCAGAGUCUCCCGUUUGGCUACGUCUCCAACCUACACUACCAUACUCUCAGCGACCUUAGCUGGACCAAAGAUGGCUUAGUCUUGGCUGUGUCAUCGACAGACGGCUACUGCUCUUUCGUCACGUUUGCCGAGGGUGAGCUCGGAACCCCUCUCAAAGAGCAGCCCAUCCUCAAGGUGACCACGCCCGGCUCCGCCCAGGAGAAGAAGGGCAAAAGGAACUCGGCCAAUGGCAAGACAGCCUCGCCUGUACCCCGUCUUCCAAGCACACCUGUCAGUCUGGAGAAGGAGAGAGUGGCUGCUGCCGCCGCCGCCGCCAUGGCCUCCCCACCGCCUGCCAAACCCGUUGGCAGCGAGGAGAAGAAGACGCCGCAGAACCGGCAGGCCAAGUCGCAGCCGCGCCGCAUUACCCUCAACACGCUGACCGCCUGGAGCAAACCCAGCACCCCAAAAAACACCGGCUCCCCCAGUUCAGCUCCCUCCACCCCUGCCUCCUCCGCCAUAAGCACUGUUACUACGCCUCUUACAACAUCACCAGACAUCCCCAAAACCGCCCCCUCUCCCCCCGGGCAGUCUGCGGCAAGCACCCCAACAUCAGCAGCAUCAUGCACCCCCAAAACUGCUCCAUCCACCCCCUGCAACAAGAAGGGCUCCUCGGAUCCCCUCACCCCCCUGGGAGUAGCAAACCAGAAAAGCAGCAGCUCUGCCAAGGGUUCCGGUCCCAGGCGUAUCUCUCUGACAUCAGUUAUGAUGCGAUCACCUGCUCCCUCUAAGAAGUCCAUCACACCCUCUUCCACUGAAAAAGCCAAACACGAGAGGCCAUCCCCUCCCAGUGACCCUUUGUGCAACCCUCCAGAGUCCAAGCGUCUGAAGACGGAUUCUCCCAAACCAAAGGGAUCCGGCGAUCCUGAACCUGAAGCGAGCCCAGGUCCUGCCCAGGAAGAGCCCAGCACGGUCUAAGCCCACCUGCUGACCUCUGGAUCUGUGAACCUCGUGUUCCGACAGUCUCAACAAUGCCACCAUCUGCCCUCUUUUAAGAAUGCCCAUGUGUUUACAUGUGCACUUAUAUAAAAGUACUGUAUAUCAAUCCUUUUAAGUGGAGAGGGGAAGAAAGGGUUGAAAAUGUCAAGAAAUUAUCAUGUCAAUGCGGAACUGCAAUUUUUUUGUUGUUGUUUAGUUAUUUUUGGUACCACGAACAUGCGUAUGCACACACACACACACACACACACACACACAUAAAAGUAUAUACACCCAGAAAGAGCAACAUUAUUAUGGUCUACAUUGUAACAUUAAACCAAGGGCCGUUUGUGGGUUUUUUUGUAAGGUAGCAUUUUGUAUAUAUUAUAAUGACUGUGCAAAAUAAUUCUUGUCUAUGUCUCUACACAUGAAUGAAAAAAGAAAGGAUUUGUUCUUUCAAA